AUGGAGAUUAGACUCUGCGUGUGGAUGAGGCGAGUUGGGAUGGCCAGUGCGAAUUCUCUGCUCCGCAUGACUUUUUUCUCUUCCAUUUCCGCCCCAAUUCCACCCUUGUCCUACUCUUCUUUAAAACAACCAUACCCACCUCUGAAUCUCAUUUCACAUCGUCGCUCGCUCUGUACCCCCACCCAUUCCUCUUCAUCUCCUAUUUUUUCAACCUCCGAUAAUGGGUGUGAUGACAAGAGUGGGUACCCAAUGAAGGGCUCAAGAGUGCUUUUAAAGGGAAUGAGAUAUGCUGAACUUGAAAAAUGGGUCCAAUCACAUGGGUAUAGGCCUGCUCAGGCAUUGAUGUUAUGGAAGCGCCUCUAUGGGAAUAAUAUAUGGGCACAUUGUUGUGAGGAACUAGAAGGUUUGAAUAGAGAUUUCAAGAAAAUGUUGGGUGAACAUGCUGAAUUCAAGACUGUAUAUUUAAAAGAUAUUCUGACAGCAUCUGAUGGAACUAGGAAGGUAGACAUAAUCUUUUUGAGUUUUCAUGAUUCUUCUCAUUUAUUUAGAACUCGCAGGAGGUUACAGAUUUUAUUCACAUUGGAAGAUGGACUGGUAAUAGAAACAGUUGUGAUACCUUGUCCUAGAGGGAGGACUACUGUCUGUGUUUCAAGUCAAGUGGGCUGUGCUAUGAAUUGCCAGUUCUGCUACACUGGCAGGCAAGCUCUAUAUCUCAUAAGAUUCCCCAAGAUGGGUUUGAGGAGAAAUCUAACAGCGGCUGAGGUAGUGGAGCAGGCUGUUUUUGCGCGGCGCCUGCUGUCGAGUGAAGUUGGCUCCAUUUCGAAUGUUGUAUUCAUGGUAGGUGCAUACUAA